CCCGAAAAAGAUGAUGAGUAGCAACUGAGGUUGGAGGAAGACAAGGUUCAUCUAAUGAUCAAUUUUCCAAGGAAUAUAUGCACAGGAUGUGCUGAUACGUUAGAAGAAAUAUUGAUGUUUAUUGAAAAUACUAAGAAUAAUGAUGCCCGUGUGGAAAUACAAACGAUAGUGAAGAUAGAAAGAGGAUUAACAAAUGAUGGAGCAACUGUUGAAGGCAAUAACGAGGAUAUAAACCUACAUGAAUAUCACAUUUGUCGAAUUUGUUCAUCUCCAAGUAAUGUAACACGGAGGAAAGAGGAAACACAUCUGAAUCAGCUCAUUCAGAGUGUUACAAACAUUGAGGUUAAAGCAGAAAUCUUCCUUUGUGACUCAUGUGUAGACAAACUAGAAAACAUAUCCUCAUUUAUCACUUCAUCUCUGUAUAAUGAGGAAAAACUUAGGAGUGCUCUUACAAGAACUGGGUUUGAAGAAACCGAAAAUUAUUUAAAUUCCAUUGUAAUUGAGCCCUCAGAGAGUAGAGACUUACAAGUUGAAAGAACUAUUGAUCGAAAUGAAUUUGCAGGUGAAAUGAACUUCAAAAGAGAAAUUGCUGAUACGAAGGAAGAAUAUAGCAUUGAUGUCAAAGAAGAAAUGAAAGAAAUCGAGCUACCAGUUUCCAGUAAUCCUAACUUUCCGGGAAAAUCCAAACUUCCUUUAGAACCAACCACAGAAAGGCCAUUCCAAUGUGACUUUUGUAAACGAUGUUUUACUCAUAAGAAUACUUUAAAAAACCACAUAAUCACUGGAAGCAGAAGUCCAUCCCAGUGCCAUUUGUGUCAAAAAACAUUUCCGCAGAAGUGCCAAAUGGAAGAUCAUUUACUCUUUCAUGCUAAAGAAUCACCAUUCGAGUGCAUUUUCUGCAAAAAUCGAUUCGCUGAAAGGACAACUUUGAAAGAGCAUCUACUCACCCACACUAUAAGUAAAUCUCAUCAGUGCCUUACCUGCAAAAAGCAAUUUGCGUCGAAAAACGUUUUGAAAAAACAUUUACUUAUUCAUUUUGGGGAAAAAAAACACGAAUGCAAUAUCUGCGGUAAAAAAUUUGUUUCCAAAAGUCUUUUACAAACACACUUACGUUCUCAUAAUGAAAAACAUAUAUGCGAGGUGUGCAAAAAAUGUUUCACUGUAAGAGGAACUUUGGAACGGCAUUUACUCACUCACACUGGAGAAAGACCGUUUGAAUGUGACCGUUGCCAAAAAAGGUUCAGUCAGAAGGAAACUUUGAAGAGACAUAUGCGCACUCACGUCGAAAAAAAUUAAUAAUCGUUUGUGAAUUUUCUACGAAAAUGUUUAUCCUUUUUGACUGUUUUUCCCCAUACUACAUUGUUGAUACAAUAACUAAUCUUAGGAAUUAGUUCAAUAACCAUUGAUAUGUAAGGUGAUGGUUUGUCCAUCUUACAAAAUUAAAUAAUUUAUAACACUGUGUAUAUUAACACACAUGGUGAUGAAAUAGAAACAACUUUCUAAACUUGGGAGAAAAAACCAAAAACAAGCUGCUUGUCAUCUGUCAGACUUCAUAUAUCCCACACUGACAGCUGACGCAAACCUCAGGUAUACUGUACAAAAAGGAAUGCUAACUAUAGGCAGGUUUGCAUAGAGCUAACAUAGAGGGGCCCAUUAAUGUGAGGAUCAGUAUCUUCCCUAUAAUGAGAGUAUGAUAAUAUGUUUCAGAUAAAAGUUAUGGUUUACUUUGUUGCUUAUUUUAAAAAUAUUUUGAAUUAUACAGAAUGUUCCUUUGAAGCGGGACAAUAAAAAUUAUCUUUUUUUUAAA